CAGCAGUCUCCGACCGGACAGCAGCGGCGGUAGCCUCCUGGGUCUCCUGGGUCCUCGCCACGGUAGACCUGCUCGCAGUGGUGGCGAUCUCUUGAAUCCCGGCGGCGGUGGCGGCAACAGCUCCAGUGGGUUUUGAAAUAGGUCUGCACUCUGGCACCCUAUUUCUACAUGAUUCCUCUUGAAAAGAGGAAGAGAUUAUGUCACUAAAAUAGCAGACAGCUCAUAUAUAUAGUGAAGAAAGGCACGGGAGAGACACCUACCCACAGAACCUCCACCUCAGAAGAGUGUGACUGCAACCAGACCCACCAACUGAAUCAUGAAGCGAGGCAGCUUUCUGCUGCUUACUCUGAUGGCGUUCUUCUUUUAUUCAGAUGUUGCCACUGCAAAAGAUCUCAAGAGUUAUUGUAAGGGCUACCCAAGAGAAGGCUGCACGAAAGAGUACAAUCCGCACUGUGCCUCUGAUGGAAAAACCUACGAUAAUCAGUGUUACUUCUGUAAUGCAUAUAUGUACAGUGGUAGAACUCUUCGGCUGAAAUACAUUGGAGAAUGCAAGUAAUUUGAAGUUGUAGAAGAAGAUUGACUAAAAGUAUUUGAUUUCUUCCCUUCGAAUACAGCACCAACAUCAUAAUAUUUUCCCCUCUGCUCCUGCUGCUUUACUCAGUGAAAAUUCACAGUGCUUCAGUUUCAUUUAUCAAUAAAUAAUGAAAUCAUUA